ACCUUACGCCUGUGCAUGCUGCGCGACGCGGAAAAUCCGCACAACCGAAGCGGCUGAAAAUUCAAUUUAAGUGCCAACUUCUUUAAGGCAAAGUACCAGUGAAAAAGUGCACGCGCUUAGUCCGAAAAUCGGUAUUUGUGUGCAUAUCAGUGAGUGUAAAGGUGUGUGCUUAAGUGUAUGUGUGUGAUGCGGCGCGCUAGCACAAAAAUGGCAAGUGCAGUUAGACAAUUAUGAAAGCUGGAUAUACACUACCUUUGAAUGAGUAUAAAUAUUGCAAUAAAAAUGAAGUAACCAAUUCGGAGAAAAAUAGAUUUUCAUACUCGGCAAUCGAAGUGAGCCGCAUCAAUUUCAUAACAGAUAAAUCGAUCAAAGCGCAAACGUCAGUGUCCCUAAACGAAAGCCCUGGGAAACCGAAAGCCUCGUCAUUUCACCAACACGGUGCGGGGGUGUUGUUGGGUGUUGGUGCUGUAACAGCAAAAAUCAUCUGCUGGGGUGAGCAGCAGGAAACAGCAGCAGCAGCAGCAAGCGUCAGCAUCAGCUGUGACGCUUGCAGCAGCAGCAGCGACAGAGGCAUCAAAAAGCUCUGCGCUGACGAGCAUAAAAUCAAAAGUCAACAACGAGGAAAGAGGAAGACAAGGCAGCAGCAUAAUUAUUAUAUCCGUCAACCUCAUUAUUGUCAUCAUAAAUUACGCUUUUGUGUGCGCCGUGAAAGCCUCGCGCUAUUCUUAGACUAUUUGUGCGAGUGUCCAUCUAUUGAGCUUGUGGCCAGUAGCGACGUCAAGGACCACGCCCACGAACUACCUUCGCGGCAGCCGCCCGCAGCAGCAGCAGCAGCAGAGGAGACAGUAUCAGGAGCAGCACGUUUGCAGCUGCCGGCGCCGCUGCAGCGCAAAUACGCAGCAAACAACGUCGACGGUUGCAAUUUCGAAUAUAAAACCAAAAUUUAUGCUUUAUAUCGUCACGUCGAGAGUCGUGGCACGUCGGGUCAAGUGCAACAGCAACAGCAGCUGAAAGUCGGUGAGAUCCGAUUGCGCUUUAAAAUGUUAUUUGCCGCUGCCGCUGCAAGCGCCAAUAAAGCCGUUCGGGUGGGGGCUGCAACAGUGCCGCCACCACUGCCGUUGCCACCGCCGACAUCGCUGCCAACUGCGCUGCUUCAGGAUCAUCAGUUGACCGUCAACAACUGUUCUCAACCGCAGCCGGGCGAGCGCAUUUCAGGUACAGCCAAGUCGAUUGCAUCUGCUGUUGCUGCACCAGCCAAAGUUGAGCUAAUGGAGGCCAUGAAAAAAUUGGAUGCCGAUCUGGUGGCGUUGUUUGCCACCGCCGCUGAACCAAAUAUGGAACAGUUAAAGAUGAAACAGCAGCAGCAGCAACAUCUCAACAAGGUUGAGCAACUGUGGCCGGAGCAGGUACUGCCGGAACAGGAGCUAUCUAGCAAUGUGCCACAAGAUCAGGCAACGCCGGAGCUGUUCAAGCAGGUGAAUACCUUGCAGCUGCACUUGGAAGCGUUGACACUCCAGGCGGAGGGCACCAAGCGCAUGGAGCUGCUCCAGAGCGAGGUGCGACCCAUUUUCACUGUCGAAUGCCAGCUGUCCGACGAGUUGAUUGGCUCGGUGCCGCGUGGUCCCAUGUUCCACAUCAUGCAAUUCGAAUCGGAGAAAUUCCAAAGUCUAACCCAAUGCACACGCUUCGGCCAGACGCAGCAGCGACAGGUACAGUUGCCUGGCAUGGAAAUUAAUGAUAAGGAAAUGGGCAGCAUUCAUUUCACGAUUUGGUGGCGCGAACCAGGCACCUGCCUCAACGAGAUGCUCGGUAUGGGCCAACUCCCACUGGCCGAACUUUACCAGCAAUCGAUAUUGGAGCAAUGCAAAUGCAUUACCAUUCAGCGUCGUGAUCUUCACCUGGCCAGUCUGUAUCUGAAGAUCAGUUUGCGUACUGAUCAGCAAUUGAUAAUGUACAAGACCUUAACCAAUGGGCCAGUUGAAAGCAACAACAACAAUAGCAACAGUAACGACAACAGCAACCACGGUGCAGCGGCUGCAGGCAAGAACCAGAACAACAGCGAGCAGGGUAAUUCAAAGGGUCUUGCAACACCUCCAUUAGCCGCCAACAACAACAACAAAGCUUCCUUGGAUAUUGUCAAUUUCAUGGCCGAGACGACCAAAGUGCGUCUGCUGCGUGGCUAUAUCUUUGCCGGCGAGACGCGUCAAUUAUCAGCAACAGAUGCCACCAGCUGCAAGGAGCUGGUGCUGCAGCCCUUCUGGCAAUCCCAGCCGCUCAGCGUGCAAUCGAAUCCCCAAGGCGCCUUCCAGCUGCAGGAACAGUUCGCCAUCAUCAACGAUGAGAAGUUCCUGCACAGCAUGGAGCGACAGCAGCUGCUGAUGGAGCUACGCCCACUGGGCGGGCAGGUCCAUCUGCCACUUCAUCAAUUCUAUAUAGCGUACAGAGAUGCCUCCAUUACCAAUCAUCUUUGCAAGGGCAAGUUGCCUGUCAUUUCCAUUGAUGGCUGGACGCCCAUUCUCCAUGCCGAGUCACAGAAGCAGCUGGGCGAGCUGAAGGUGCUGCUAGCUAUUGGCAGUGAAUCCCAAAUAGCUCAAUUGAAGCAGCUGCGAGGCUUCGAUUUGGAAAACAAUCAGCAGCCGCUGAGACGCACCACAGAUCUGCUGGACAUGCUCCAAAAUGCGCUGGGCACUUCAUCCGUUGCUGUGCCAAAGACCGUGCCCGUUGCCCCCGCCACUGGGAAUCCGUUUAGCUUCAACCUACAAAUCGUAGGCGCGGCUGGACUGCCUUUGAAUCCGGGCUAUGGCAAAAGUGGCAAGAAGCAGCAGGCCAAGCGCCAGGCGGCCGCAAAACGUUUUCCACCCAACGAGCCGCCCAGCACCUAUGUUACCUUCCAGGCACUGGGCUGCACCGAUGCGCAGACUUACAAAUCGCACGAGGGCUUGGUCUAUGCCACGCCCAUAGCGGAGCACUCGACGACGCCGCAAUGGCACAGCAAGUUCCAGGUUGAAGUGAGCGCCGAUUACCUAAGCAAUCCGCAGAAACUUUUCAUUCUGAAAGUGUGGAAGAAGACGGCACUAAGCGCGGGCACAGAGCCGACGCCCCUCGAGGAUGCCAUUAUUGGAUUUGCUGCCUUGAAUCUCAACCAAAGCAGGGCAGGCGCAAGCUUGCCCAGUGGCUGGCACAACAUAGUCGACUUCAAUGGCCGUGUAACGGGUGGCUUGGAGGUGCAUGUGCAACCGCUGACACCUAGUUCCGGCUCUUCGAACGUGGACAAUGCCAUCGAUCAGUUUGAGCAGUCGCUGGAGCUGCGUCACCUGCAGCUGGGCCAGGCAAUCAAACGUAAGUUUACGGAGCUAGAGCAAAUCUCGAAUAGAUUGCGCACACGUUUGGUGGAUGUGACUGGCGAGUCCUUGCAAUCGCCGCAAUACGAUGUGGAUGCAGCGCUGGAUAAUUGGCAGAGCGACGAACUGCAUGAGUGUCCCGAGGAUGAUGAGCUGGUGGCCGAUUUUGAGCGAGCAUUGCGCACCCCAACACCACCGCCAGUUGCCACAGAGGAUGCCGCCUCACCCACCGCACAAAAUGCAGCCGAUGCUGGCAAGGAUUAGCCCAGGCUGAGGCUCAAAUUGCACCCAAGGCACAUCAAUUUAGUCGAAACAAUGUUUUUUCACCUUCUCUCGCUCUCUCGAUGUCUACGAAACAGGCUCAAACAUAGUAAUAUAAACGUUAGAUAACCACGUCUAUAUAUAUAUAUAUAAAAU